UACAGGCAUUUAUUUGUGUAAAUAUUACAUGUGCUAUCGAAUGUGAGGCUUCAUGAUGUCUAUCAUUGAGACAUUUAUCUUUAAGUUGUUAAGCACAUCUAGUUUUCUUUGUUCAUUUUCAGCUGCAAUUCCAAUAUGUGAAAAGAGCUUGAAAGGCUGUUGUUCUAAUUACAAAUGGAAUUAUGAAACCCAGCAAUGUGAAAAAUGUUUACCCGGAUACACUGGAGUAAACUGUAAUCAAACAUGUCCAUAUCCUCUUUAUGGAGUCGGAUGUCAAACGAAAUGUGACUGUAAGGAAAAUUUAUGUGAUGCUUCCAUUGGUUGUAGAAUAUUUAUCACUGAUGGACAAACAUUUUAUAUGGUUAGCAACUUAAAAGAGAGUACUGUUUCUAUGACAGAGAAUUCUACUGAGGUCCAGGUCACACGUCACAUGUCUUCCGGUGUUAACAAUUUUCUUCUCAUCCUCAUAGUGACACUUGGAUGUGUGGAUCUUUUAUUAAUAUUUGCUCACUCUUUUGUGUACAUUUAUAUUCAUAAUCGGCGAAAAAGAAAUGCUGUAAAUAACAUUGACACAGCUGUUAAUUACCACAGAACAAACACGACGUAUGAGAACAUCGAUAUUGAUAUCCCGUCAACCUCGGGUUUUUGAAAUAAUUGUCUUCAUUUUUUGUUAAUUGUACAUGAAUGUAGAUUGCUUGAUGAUUUAUUUUUAUUUCAUAUAAGAAAAAGCUUAUUAAUAUUAAUAUGAUG